CAUAAAAUUAAUGAAAUGGAGAGUGAUAAGAAAGAAAAGAAAAGCGGACUCUUGAAACUUCUAGCAGGAGCAUCCACGAAAAAGAAAUCCCGCUCUCCUCCCUCCAUGUCGCCAACCCACGACCCCUUGGCAAUAGUGGAAGGGAUGCUGCAGGGCGCGAUGGGACCUGAACUGUCCUCUCUCUCUAGCCAUGGGAGGGCAGGAUCGUGCCCUAUCGAGAGUGAAAUGCAAGGCGCAAUGGAGAUGGAGCCUCUGCACAGAAAGACGGGAUCUUUGGAUCUGAAUUUUUCUAUUCCUUCUCCCAUAAGGCAACUGCCACCUUCAGUGGCAACCAGCCACCCAGAAGCUAAGCCGUUGAAUCGAGAAAGAUAUCGUGUUGUGGUCCCGUAUCCCCCGCAGAGUGAAGCUGAGAUUGAACUGAAGGAGGGUGACAUUGUGUUCGUCCACAAGAAAAGGGAAGAUGGUUGGUAUAAAGGGACGUUACAGCGGAAUGGCAGGUCAGGCCUCUUCCCCGGCAGCUUCGUGGAGAGCUUUUGA